CUUCCCGGGCUGUCAGCUGUGGCCGGGGGCUGCGGGGCGGGAGUGGCUACGACCAUUGGCGGAGAGGCGGGAGGGGCGGGGCCCGGUGGAAUCGCUGCGGGUCAGGCGGAGCGGGCACAGGCUGGCUGCCGGCUUGGGAAGCUCGGGUGGUGCAUCUGCGUUCCAGCCUGGCCAUGGCAGCGGCGCCCCUCAAAGUGUGCAUCGUGGGCUCAGGGAACUGGGGUUCAGCUGUGGCAAAAAUAAUUGGUAAUAAUGUCAAGAAUCUUAAAAAGUUUGCCUCCACGGUCAAGAUGUGGGUCUUUGAAGAAACGGUUAAUGGGAGGAAACUGACAGACAUCAUAAAUAAUGACCAUGAAAAUGUCAAAUAUCUCCCUGGACACAAGCUGCCAGAAAAUGUGGUUGCUGUCCCCAACCUCAGCGAGGCCGUGCAGGAUGCGGACCUGCUGGUGUUUGUCAUUCCCCACCAGUUCAUCCACAGAAUCUGUGAUGAGAUCACUGGCAGAGUGCCCAAGAAAGCUCUGGGGAUCACCCUGAUUAAGGGCAUAGACGAGGGGCCAGAGGGGCUGAAACUCAUUUCCGACAUCAUCCGAGAGAAGAUGGGCAUUGACAUCAGUGUGCUGAUGGGAGCCAACAUCGCCAGUGAGGUGGCUGCAGAGAAGUUCUGUGAAACCACCAUUGGCAGCAAAGUGAUGGAGAAUGGCCUUCUCUUCAAGGAGCUUCUACAGACUCCAAAUUUCCGAAUCACCGUGGUUGAUGAUGCCGACACUGUUGAACUUUGUGGUGCUCUGAAGAACAUCGUGGCAGUGGGAGCCGGCUUCAGCGAUGGCCUGUGCUGCGGAGACAACACCAAAGCUGCUGUCAUCCGUCUGGGGCUCAUGGAGAUGAUUGCUUUCGCCAGGAUCUUCUGCAAGGGCCAGGUGUCCACAGCCACCUUCCUGGAGAGCUGCGGCGUAGCUGACCUCAUCACCACCUGCUAUGGGGGCCGGAACCGCAGGGUGGCUGAAGCAUUUGCCAAAACGGGAAAGACUAUUGAAGAGCUGGAGAGGGAGAUGCUGAAUGGGCAGAAGCUCCAGGGACCGCAGACUUCUGCUGAAGUGUACCGCAUCCUCAAGCAGAAGGGGCUGCUUGACAAGUUUCCCUUGUUUACUGCAGUCUACCAGAUCUGCUAUGAAGGCAAACCCGUGAAAGAGAUGUUGUCUUGUCUCCAGAGCCACCCAGAGCAUAUAUAAUAUGACUUCUGCGACAGCAUGAGGAUUCUACCUGUCUGAUCAAUCUCUUGGAUUCACAUGGAAACUGGGACUUGGCAACACAAUGUUUGUAACCCAUCUUGAAUAUAGAUGAAUUUUUGCUGGUUCAUUUUGGAAUUGCCAAAAGCAGUUCAUUGGCUAAGGUGAACCAGGCAAUAGCUAGAGGCGUGUGUGUGUGUGUGUGUGUGUGUGUGUGUGUGUGUGUGUGUGUGUGUGUGUGUGUGUCUGUGUGUGUGUGUGUCCAUCUGUCCAGUUCUCAUUCUGUGAGUGUGUCUAUGAAUCAAAAUUAAAUGUACUUUUAAAAAAAUACUCUGAAAUUUUCCCAUUGUGGUAAGGUAUAAGACUGGAGCCCUACCCACUGAAUUUUUAGAUCUAAUUCAUAUGUGGUUGAGGGAGGGAAUUUUUCUCUCUCUCACUUUUUUUGAUGUUAACAUGUAACCAGCAUUAACAUGGUAGAGAGGAGGAAUGCCUGUGUUCAACAUACUGUAACUUUUCGACACUAUCCCAAAGCCAGCAUCAUUAACGUCUUCGAUUGUAGGUUGAUCUUCUUUCUAACAGCUAGACAGUUUUAAUUAGGUAACCUACUUCAGUGUCUCCCUCUUGCUGUACUUUCCUGUAUUUUUAGCCUCACUUUCUCUUCAUUAGCUGCCAGAAUGUGCUUCCACAAAGGCUCAGUUAUUGGCAGAAGACAGAAAACCCAUCUGGGAGUUUCCUGCAGUGACGGACACAUUCUUCUGAUUGACAAUGCCAGUGUGAUGUUUUGUGUUGGGGAGUACCUCUGUGUAGACAUUUUCUGGCAACCUCACAGAUCCCCUGGGGGGUGGGGAGGACUGCUGUUUUGGGAUCUUUUAAGAAGCAGUCACUGUGCCUGCUCACCUGGCAAACUGGGGUGGAGUCAGGAGCUGUCUGGGGAGGGGAGUCCAGCAUAGCUCAGUCUCCUCCCUGAACCUUCUCUGCCCACCAAAGUGCUGGAAGCUUCUGAGACAUCAGCUGGCUGAUUUGACCUCCAGCUAACUGGCUGCGUGACAAAUGCCACAUGCAACUCCUUUGACACUAGAUGAGAGAGGUUUGUGUGAAUCAUUGUCCAAACAGAUGCUACUCAGAGUGUGGUUCUCCGUUCAACAGAACAUCAGCUUCAUUUGGAGUUCUUAGAAAUAUGGGUUUCCCACCAGCCUCCUCCCAUCCCACCCCCCAGACCCCAAAAAAAAAGAAAAAAAAAGGAAAAGAAUACACCUCAGACCUCUGAACUUAGGUAGAGUGUCUUUGCUUUAAAUAUGUUCCUUUGUAUCUGAUGCUCGAAGUACUUUUAGAACCACUCGUUUAGAAUGUUUCCUUUAGGUUGGCACUUCUCAAACUGUGUUCUAGAGGAAAUGAUGAGUGUCCUCAGACCAAUGGUUGUUCUGGGCAUUUCCUGGCAAGGCCAAGUGAGUUUGGGAGAAGGCUACUUCUGUAACGGCCCUCUUGAAGGUAUAGCAUAUGUCUGUCAGUGGAACCUGUUUAUUCUACCCAGCAGUCUCUCAACAGCUCAGCCUAAAGAGAUUCUUCCUUCUUUCUUUUCUUCCUUUUUCCUUCCUCCCUCCCUCCCUUCCCCCCCCCCUUUUUUGCCAAAGUUUCCUAGAAACACAUCACAUUAUUCUGUUGAAGGUGACCUUAGAGUAUAUGCUAUACUCUUCCCUCUUUUAUGGCCUGCUAGUUUUGAACUUCCACAGUUGAGGUCUGCCAAGAAUCUCUGAUAAAGUUUUAAGAUGACACUGUCUAGUACAAGCCAUUUGAUGUCACCCUCGACGCAAGGCAUUAUGUGUCACGUGAGUGCUUUUAAUUCUAGGAUGAGAAUUACUGUGUCAUCUUAAAUGAGGUUGGUUUCAGGGUAGCAUUACAGUUGCUUUCUAUCGAAUUUGAUAAGUGCUGAGGGAACACAUGGAUAUCACUUAUAUAUUCAUGGUUUUUAGUCGCUUUAGUCAGAAGGUUGAGCUUUUUUAUUUUCCAGUUGACAGCCUUUUUCCUUAUAUGCCUGAAAUGAUGUAGAAGCAAGUGUUGUAGGAAUUUUCAACACUCCAUCUGGGACACUUUAGGGGCAUUUUUAAACACCCCCCCACACACACACACACACACACACACAUUUAUGAAAGCACAUAGAAUACUACAAGUUUCAUUGAUUUUGGUGAGUGCCACUAUUAAAUCUUUUUUUUUUUUUUCUGGUCUCAUGAGUAAUCUUUUUAAAAGUUUAUACACAGGUAACAAAGUGUUACUUUUUAAGAUACUUAAAGGGCUGCAAUUGAAUUUUGUCUUUUAAGCUGGACAGUUAGAUGUGAGAAAUUCGGACUUUUGCAUUCAGCUUCUAAUUCUGAGUAUUGUACUUGAGUUGCCUUGCUUUACAAAUGCUCUCAAACCAUUCUGAAAUCUGAGGACUGUACCUCUGGAACUAACUUUGAGUUUUCUGCCCCAUAUAGAAGAAGGCAAAUAUGAUAUGUUUGUGCUCUGCUGACUAUAGAUAUUUAUUACUCUAUGAGUUAUCUAUUUUUGUAUUCACCUGUGGUCUAUCACCUAUCUUAAUUCAUAUAUGUUAUUAAUUGUGGUAAAUAGGGAAAGAGACCUAGGAGAGAAGCUUAAUUUAUACUGUUUCAGCCAAUCUGUGAAUGUAAAACUUCACUGUUGCCUUGCAAUAAUCCGCCCUACUGUAAUGUGGAACAGAUUCCCAUCUGGAAAUCUAUCCUGGCUGGUGGAAUUGAGGCUACACUCUUUCUAGGUUUCCAGUGAACUCAAAUACAUCACGGCUCUGUGACAUGGCCUAAGGAGUGCUAAGGUGCCUGUGUACAGAAAGAUCUUUUGUUUUUCCACUAAUUCUAAUCUAAGAGCCUUUUACUUACAUGUGUACUGUAUUUGUUUAUAAACCAUAGGUGGAUAUAAUUUAAGAGCUUGGUUUAAUAAACAUUUAACUCCCCCAAA